AUGGGUUCACUAAUAGCAGAAGAUAUGGAAACUAACAAGCGGCCUGAUCACCUGCCAUUUGAGGAAGAAAGACGGAGAAUCAGGAAUCUUAUUGAUGAUUUCUUGAAUCGCUUGAAGAAAAUACAGAAUGAAGAAGAAGAAUUCAUUGCUUCAAAAUUGGAUAUCGUUGAAAAGCUAAGAAUGGAUUUGAGAUUCCUAAGAACAUUUGUCCUGUUUGGGGAUUCGAGUUUGGAUGACUUUUAUGACAAGAUGUCGCUGAAUAUUUUCAUGUUCGAAGAACUGGCUUGGUCACUUUUCUAUGAAGAUGAAUUUAUACAGAGUAAAAGUAUGACCAAAUACAACAUGGUUCGUCUUACGCAUUUCUUGGUGGAUGAAAUGACGAGUUAUUUGAGUUUGAAGAAUAUAGGGAUGAUGACAGAGAUUGAAAAAAUGUUUGAAUAUCUCUUCAGACACCUCCAUGAUCUACCGAAGUACUGUGCUAAAUUCCUUCUUCCCCUGAUGAGUGACUACAAGAUUCUUCGGCAAGUAUGCAGACAUCUGAUGGAUUUUUAUCCUAUCCUCACGGCCAACAGAACAAGUACUGAAUAUCUCUAUCCUCGGUACCAAAUGACAGUUCAGAGAAUAACACAAUUCUGUUUAGAUCUUUGGACUGGAAAGUAUAAAGAAUAUACUAAAUAUGGCGAUGAUUAUGACGUCUCUCAAUGCUCUUCCAAGAUCACUUCUCUACUCAUCGACAUAAUCCCUCUCGAGCUGGAGGUUCUAUACAUUUCUACUUCUAAGCUCAUCAAAGAAUCAAGGUCAACUCAACUAGAAGGAUUUAUUAAGCAAAUCGUAAAAGCAUCUCCAAGGAUCCUUCAAAAUUAUCUCAUUCAUCUCCAACGACGCAUGGAAGGUGCAGUAGCUGUAAAUUACGCUCCAACUCAAAGCAUUUAUGUCAUGAUGGAGUUCCUAUUGAUCUUUCUCACUGAUAUACCAAAGCGGUUUAUCCAUCGUGAAAAAUUGAACGAUAUGUUGGCACAUGCUGGAGUGCUUACAAGAAAAAUAUCUAUUCUGGUGAGCAAGCUGUUGGAGGAGAUCUCUGAGAAAUAUAUCAACGAAGCGGACUUUUCAGCUCCAGACUUUUUGCAAGAAAUUGAACAAAUGAAGGGAGAUAUCAGACAGAUAUUUUUAAAAGCCCCUGAGUCAUCUCAACUUCGUUUUCCUAUGGAUGAUGGUUUCCUCUUCAUGAAUCUUCUACUCAGACAUUUAAAUGAUUUGCUCAUUUCCAAUGUCUAUUCAGUUACUCUGAUAAAGAAAGAAAUUGGGAUGGUAAAACAAAGCCUUGAAUUCCUAACAUCAUCUUUCGGGAAAGUCAGGAAAACGUUGGAUGACAGUACUAGUGGAGUAGUUAAAGAUUGUUGGUUGCAUGCUUUAGAUGUGGCAUAUGAGGCAGAGCAUGUCAUCAAUUCCAUUCUUGUCAGAGAUAAAGCUCUCUCGCAUUUAAUCUUCUCACUUCCGAAUGUCACUGAUAAGAUCAAGCUUAUUGUGGCACAAGUCACCGGUUUACAGCUGGAGGAUAAGAAUGGGGAUGACCCCCUUGAUGCAAAGUCUUCCGACGAGCCAAUUGAGUCAACCUCAUCAUCUUUUGUUGAGGAAACAGUAGGUCAUGAGGAAGACGAAGCCUGGAUCAUUGGCCAGCUCCUUGAUGAAUAUGAAUCCGAGCUUGAUGUCAUUUCCAUUGUCGGAAUGCCAGGACUCGGUAAAACUACUCUUGCCAAUAAAGUGUAUAACAAUACAUUAGUUGCUAGUCAUUUCAAUGUUCGUGCUAAGUGCACUGUUUCCCAAAAGUAUAACAAGUCAAAGGUAUUGCAGGAGAUUCUUCAGCAAGUUCCUCAUGUCUCUGGAGGAAACGAAAGUGAGGAUGACCCUGCUGAUAAACUACGAAGAGCACUGCUUGAUAAAAGGUACCUCAUCGUUUUGGAUGAUGUGUGGGAUACUGCAACAGGGGAGAUGUUAAUAGCAUGUUUUCCAAAGGUUAAGAGAGGAAAUAGAAUUAUCUUAACUAGCCGAAGUAGUAAGGUAGGUUUGCAAGUCAAAUGCCAUAGUGAUCCUCUCCACCUUCAACUUUUAACACCUGAAAAAAGUUGGGAUUUAUUUGUAAAAAAGGUAUUUGGAGAUGAAGGAAGCUUCCCUGCUGAACUGUCAGAAGUUGGACACCAAAUAGUUGAGAAAUGUCAAGGGCUUCCUUUGGCUAUUGUUUUGAUUGCUGGAGUAAUUGUUAGAGGAAAGAAAAAGGAAAAGGAUUUGUGGCUUAAGAUUCAACAUAAUCUGGAUUCCUUUAUUUCUACCAACAUCAAUUUGCAGAUGAUGAAGGUUAUGCAAUUAAGUUAUGACCAUUUACCAUGCCACCUGAAGCCGUUGCUGCUUUACUUUGCAAGAUCUCAAAAGAGCGAACGAACCCCAGUCUCUCCAUUGAUGCGGUUGUGGCUGGCCGAAGGGUUGGUGGAUCAUGAUAGUUUAGAGGAAGUAAUUCAAAGUUACUUGGAUGCUUUAAUUUCCAGUAGUCUGAUAAUGAUGGAUCAUAUCACCACCGGGAGUAGUUGGAUCUCUAAAAAGAUCAAGGUUUGCUAUGUGCAUGAUGUUGUGCACGAUUUUUGUUUAGUAAAAGCGAAAAAGGAAAAACUUUUCAAGUUAAUCAAUUCAGGUGAUCCACUUCAUGCUUCUGAUUACCUACACCGUCGUCUAGCCGUUCAUACUGACGACUACAGCCAACUCCACAAAAGAUGUGUUUUGUUAAAUUUUAAUAAAUGUUCAUUUGGUAGUAAGCAUCUCAUAUCUUUGACAGUGAGCGGUUAUCAUGAUGACUCGAGGUAUAUCAGUCACACAAGACACUUGAGACUUGUUAGAGUGUUGCAACUGGAUGGCAUUCCUCUUGCCGAUCCUUUAAUGGAAGAAAUAGGCUCCCUAUUUCAUUUGAGGUUCUUAAGCAUUUGGAUUCUAUAUAUAAAAGCUAUCCCAGUGCCGUGGUUGAACCUCCAGAAUCUGGAAACUCUGUUGAUCAAUACGCAAUAUUCCACCAUGGUAUUACUGCCCAGAAUAUUGAAACUGUCAAAGCUGAAACAUGUGAGCAUUGACCAGAGUUCUUUCUUUAAAGAGGACGCGGAUCCAUGUAGAAUAUUGGAAGGUGAGAAUUCAAAGCUGACAACUUUAUCCCAUGUUGAUAUCUCAUAUUCUGAAGGCACGAAUGAUGCUCUGAAGAAGUUCCCAAAUCUUCAACACCUUGAGUGCACCAUCAGGAUACCCGAGGAUCCUCCUACACAUGGCGAUUGGUUUCCCAAGUUUGAUGUCCUUAACAAACUUGAAUCACUCAUUGUAGAAUACCCAUGGAAAGGUUAUGUUUAUCCCAAUGAAUAUCACUUCCCUAGCAGCUUGAAAGAGUUACGGUUGCUUGGUUUUUCCCUGACAACUGCUUUGUUGUCAGCAAUCACGGAAUUGCCUCAGCUUAUAAUUCGGGAGAUUGCCGCUUCUGAUUUCUUGGAGUAUAAGUGGGAUGCAAGUGAGGACAUGUAUCAAAGUCUUAAGACUUUGACAUUGCGAAUGGUCAAUCUUUCAGAAUGGGAAGCUGAUAAGGAAACUUUUCCCAAGCUUGAGGAAUUAAUACUAGAACGUUGUUAUAUGCUUACAGAGAUCCCUUCUGUAUUUGGGGAUAUGGACACUUUAAAGUCUAUUCAAGUGGUUCAAAGUAAGCGUGAGGUUGGAGAUUCAGCCAUGGAAAUUAAGAAAGAUGUGGCAGCUUACACAGGAGAGGACAGACUUCAUGUCCAUAUAUCAUAG